UUCUUAAUGUCUCCUAAUCUAAACGCUUCAUUCUGGCCAAUAGUCAGACCAAGCAAUGGGGCUUUCACUCUCUUCCUGGCUCUGCACACCUGUGACGUAGUGAGUGCAUACGGAUUCAUGACGGAAGACUACAGCAAAUACUCCAACUACUACUAUGAGAAGCAGAUUAGAACCAAUGUUGUUUUCUACAGCAACCACGACUACAUUCUGGAGAAGAAUUUGUGGAAAAGUCUUCACGACAGGAAAAUACUUAAGCUAUAUCAGAAAUCUGAAUCAGGGACAGAAAAGCCAAAGAAACUAAAAUACAUCAAGAAUUGAACAUGUGUUAAAGCAAAUCCUUGACUAUAAAGUAAUGUCAUUGUUUCUGGGUGGGGGCUGCUUUUUGU